GAUGAUCAUGGAGUGAGAGCGAAGGAGAAAUCGGGGUUUGCCUCGGUGGUCAUACAGCGGCUUCCCAUUGGCGAUCUGUAGGCUUGCAGUUGCCAGGUAGGACCUGGUAACUGGUUGUCAGGACACGGUCCUGCUACGUCGCGCUUCAGCAAUCGGUGGUGGAGGCCGACGACCAGGUGGAAGGCGAAAGGUGCUGGGAAUAUCGCGAGCCCAGUUCGAGGUCGUUAACUGGUUGCCGCGAAUAAUAAAGUAUUCUGUCUAUAAAGUUGUGUGUGUGUGUGGUUACUCCCCGUAUCCGAUCCAUGUUCAUGUUCCUGACACCUCGGUUUCCAGAAACUGCAACCCGAGUUCAGUCAGGAGCGAAAGAACCGCAACACCCAUAAAAAGAAGCAGCCCAUCGGCACCACCAUUUUAUCACCACGCUCCACGCCUUUGCCGACACUGGGUCCCUUUCGUUCCCAGCGUUCUAGACGUCGGCCUUGUAUUCUUCUUCUCUCCUGAAUGUCUCUACCCCCGCAGUUCAUACGUGCACUAUAGGACCCGUGUGCGCUCGCUCUCUUCAUCAGGUGUGAAGAUUUUCACUAGCGCCACCGCCAAUUCCUGCCUGAUUCGUCUCGAAGGAAGUUUCUGUCAUCACAGAAGCGUCAAGCCUCGCAUUGCAAGGAUUUUUGACGGUUUAGUUGCUUCUUAAGUAGUCCUGGCUCCCAAGCGAACGCCCUAGGUUGUCUUGCUCUCUCUCCCCCCUUGCCCUCAGACUCUGCCAGGCUACAACACAUUUGUUUCGGUGCUUGUAGGGGAUCUGGAAAGACGAAGUGUUUGAAAAUCUCUCCGUGCCAAGCUCAUAGCGGAGUGGCGGCGUGUCUUAGUUUUCGCGAGCGUCCUGAAGCGAAGAGCAGGAAGUAGCGCCAGGAUCUCUCGGGAGUUAUUCGUUGGUGGUCGACCGUUCCUGUAAAGCUGCAAGUCGUGUGACACGAGUUUCAGCCCUGGCCGAGUUUCAGCAAUUGUUUUUUGUUCGCAGGGGUUAUAACAUUUUCCUGGACUUCAAAGUGGGGUCAUCACGGCUGUGGUAAAUUCUUUCCGUGUUCGUGAGAAUCACAAGUUUCAGAAAAUUUCACGCCAAGGGUCUGUGAGUUUCUUGGGCUCUCCAUCGUUGCACGGAGGCCGGGGGGCCACCCCGUCGGAGGGCGGGCGACCCUCAGAUCUAACGUACUUGGCAGGCGGAGGUCACUUCUUCUCCUUCGACCACUCUCUUGAAGAUCCUCUUGCACUUUUUGUAGAGGGUUUCCAAGAUUGUGGUCUCAGCGGACAUCAUGCUGACCAUCCGAAGGGUGUCAACAGUAGUGUCCAUCAAUCAGGUGUCUGGAGCUGCCGACUCCAGUUCGCUGGGAGCCAGUCUUCCACUAUAUUGCUACGGCAGACGUGAUACGACCAAGGUAGUCACCAAUGUUUCAGAGAAUGCUUUGAGUCUGGACUCAAAUUCAGCCUCGAACAAUCAGCCUGUGGAGGAUGCAUCGUUCCUCGACUCCCUUCUGCUGUCACAGUGGGAGGAUCGCAUGGAAAAAGGACUCUUUCGAUAUGAUGUCACGGCAUGUGAGACAAAGGUCUUACCAGGUGUUUGUGGAUUCAUUGCCCAACUCAAUGAGGGACGGCACUUGAAAAAACGCCCUACAGAAUUCCGUGUAGAUCAAGUUCUCCAGCCCUACGACGCAAAGAAAUUCAAUUUUACAAAAGUCGACCAGCAGGAGAUAUUAUUUGCGUUCGAUGAAAGUUCUGAUCACUGCAGCGAAUAUUCCGAGCAGGCUUUUGUAGGAGAAAGUCCUAAUGUGGUCGCCAUAAAUGUUAGUCCAAUCGAAUACGGGCAUGUGCUUCUUGUUCCUCAAGUCAAAUCCCAGAUUCCUCAGCGAAUCUGCCCAGAAACCUUUCUAUUGGCACUGCAUAUGACAGUCGAAGUGAACAACCCUUAUUUCCGCCUCGGAUAUAAUAGCCUGGGGGCUUUUGCCACCAUCAAUCAUCUCCACUUUCAGGCGUAUUAUCUUCAUGUUCCUUUUCCUAUCGAGCGCGCUGAGACGAGUAGACUAUAUCAAACUCGCAAGAAAGGAGGGUGCAAGAUAUCACAGCUGGUGAACUAUCCAGUCAGGACGAUUGUGUAUGAUGUCGGAGAGAGUCUGGAAGAAUUUGCAGACAUCAUAGCAAAUGCUUGUAUUCGUCUACAAAAUGACAACAUUCCGUUCAAUGUACUCAUAGCGGAUUGUGGGGCACGGGUCUUCCUUAUACCUCAGUGUUAUGCUGAGAGACAGGCUCGAGGAGAAGUGGAUCAAGCAGUCCUGGACACUCAGGUCAAUCCUGCAGUCUGGGAGAUUAGUGGUCAUAUUGUGCUGAAACGUCGCGAGGAUUUUGAUAUUGCCACUGAAGAUUAUGCUAAAAAGUUGCUAGCCGAAGUUACCUUGUCAGAGGACAGGUUCACUGAAGUGAAAAAAAUGUGUAUAGACGCCGCUGAAGAUGAGAAACUGGAUAACUGCGAGGUGAUGCGCUCCAACGACGAUCCUUAUCGUGGUGCUUCUGUGAAGGCCAAGAAUUACAAGUUCGCUGCGAAAUUCCAGAACCUCUAUGACGAAUGUGCUGUUUGAAGAAAAUAUCAGGCCAAGGGGCUCUCAUCUUACGGCUUGCCGUAUCAAAUGUGUAUAUGGAUGAUUACUCUACAGUUAGUACAUAUAACAGCAGUAUGUCUCUGUUUCUGUAUUUCUUUCUCAGAAGGUAUCGACAGCCCUGUGUCCAUGAGGAGUGUUGGCUUUUCAGACUUAUUUGUUCGAUAGUCUUUACAUUUGUCACAUAACGCCGGUGAAGUUGCUGGACCAAUGUUGUUUCGUGACAGUAGUUGGCCCCGAAAAUGUAUAGAUGAUAUGAAAUAUCGCCGAAGAUUUGCGGGUGUUAUACCAUAUGAAGUGAAAUGAAAUCAAAAUUUCGUAUACCAGAAGUGCUUACCUGAAUGUUGCUUAGAUCUUCUGUGCUCUUGACGGAGAGGAAAAUUAUGUGUGUUUCCUUCACAGGAAACAUAUCACUUUCAUCUCUCUGGAUAGUAGGGUAUAGAGUGAACAAGAAGAGGGUAAGCGGCACAUAAACUUUUAGGAAAAGGAGACUGUUU